AUGCCCCUGAACCAACUGCACAGCUGGCUGAAAGCUGUGCUCCUUGGGCUCCUGCUUCUCUCCUCCUUGUGCAGGGUGAGGGGUAAGGACUCAUCAAAGGCCAGCCCCAUCAGAAACACACACACAGGCCAGAUCCGAGGCAGUGUUGUUCAUGUGAAGAACACCAACACUGAUGUUGACACCUUUCUGGGAAUUCCCUUUGCCAAGCCACCUGUAGGACCACUGUGCUUUGCACCUCCUGAGUACCCUGAGCCAUGGAGUGGUGUGAGAGAUGCUACAUCACAACCAGCCAUGUGUCCACAAAAUUUUUUAUUGACUUUGGAGAGCCUGAAGAAAAUGAAUCUGACCAUGCUUUCCAUCUUUGUGUCUGAGGACUGCCUAUAUCUCAAUAUCUAUGCACCAUCUCAUGCCCAUGAGGGUUCUAACCUGCCUGUGAUGGUAUGGAUCCAUGGUGGUGCACUGGUUACAGGAUCAGCUUCCAUGUUUGAUGGAUCCACACUGGCAGCUACUGAGAAUGUAGUGGUGGUCAUUAUCCAGUAUUGCCUGGGUGUCCUGGGCUUUUUCAGCACUGGAGACCAGCACUCCAGAGGCAACUGGGGGUUUUUAGACCAAGUGGCCACCGUACCCUGGGUCCAGCAGAACAUCGUCCACUUUGGAGGCAACCAGGUCACCAUUUUUGGCCAGUCUGCAGGUGGUGCAAGUGUGUCUUUCCAUGUUGUAUCCCCCAUGUCCCAAGGACUCUUCCGUGGUGCCAUCAUGGAGAGUGGAGUAGUUCUGAUGCCUGGUAUAGUAGCCAACUCCUCUGAGGAGAUUUACCAAACGGUGGCCAGCUUAUCUGGAUGUGACGCCAUGAACUCAGAGGGCCUGGUGCACUGUCUGAGAGGCAAGAGUGAAGCCGAGAUUCUGGACAUUAACAAGGAUUUCAAAAAUGUCACUGCUGUGGUGGAUGGAGUGUUCCUACCUAAGGAUCCCAAAGAGUUGUUGUCCUCUGUGGAUUUUCACCCUGUCCCCAGCAUCAUCGGUGUCAACAAUGAUGAGUUUGGUUGGGUUCUCCCCAUGACCACGGGUGCUGCUCAGACAAUAAAGAAAAUAACCAGAGAGAACCUGCAGGCUGUGCUGAAGAAUACAGCAGCACAAAUGAUGCUGCCUCCUGAGUGCAGUGACCUGCUGAUGGACGAGUACAUGGGGGACACUAAAGACCCCCAGACCCUCCAAAUGCAGUUCAGAGAGAUGAUGGGAGGUUUUCUGUUUGUGAUCCCUGCACUCCAAGUAGCACAUAUUCAGCGUUCCCAUGCCCCUGUCUAUUUCUAUGAGUUCCAACAUCCAUCCAGCUUCCUGAAGUUUAUCAGGCCACACUAUGUGAAAGCUGACCAUGGAGAGGAGGUUCCUUUUGUCUUUGGGUCCUUCUACUGGGGCAUAAAAGCUGACUUCACUAAGGAAGAGAUGCUGCUGAACAAAAGGAUGAUGAAAUACUGGGCCAACUUUGCAAGACAAGGGAACCCCAAUAGUGAGGAUCUACCUUAUUGGCCCAUGUUGGACCAUGAGGAGCAGUACCUACAGCUUGACAUCCAUCCCGCUGUGGGCCGAUCCCUGAAGGCUGGAAGGCUGAAGUUCUGA